AAGGCACUGGACAGGGGCGUUUUGCUGUGUGCGUGUCUCUAUGCGGGAUUGUUGACCACAUACUAGUAUGUGUGUGAUACCUACAUGUACGUACGUACGUAUGUGUAUUAUGGGGGAGGCUGGCUGGCUGGCUGGGGAGGCAUUGCGGGUUUGUUCAACGGGAGCACAAGGAACAUAUGCGCGAUUCAGUUCAUGGAAAUGCCGUGGUAUGUGAGACGGGGAGGAACGGGGAGGAACGGGGAUGAUCCUGGGGAUUUUUUUUUGGAUUCUGUUGGUGGUGUCGUGUUGUUUCUGAGACAGACGGAUGGAUGGCUCGCAGAUGUGUAGGAGGAGCAUUUGGGUUGGGAAUUACAUGACAGGAGGACGAAUGAGGAAAGGAGAAAUAAUACGAGGGAUACAGGGAUGGACCUGGGUGUUUGAACAAACAGUGAGGAGGCGAUGCCUUUCCG